AUGUACCCCAACGCGUUGACACAGUUGGCGCGGGCGAACCCCUUCAGUGCACCGCUGUUCACACUACAAAAAGUCGAGGAACCAUCACAAAGCCUUGUUGCCGAACAUGGACCAAGCAAACGCACGCUGGCCGCCGCUGCAGUGGCGGUUAAGCAGAGUGGUGCAUGCUAGAAAUGCUACCUAGCUGGGUAAGUUAGGCUUUAGCCACCUAGAGAGAAUGCUGGGCGAAAUUGAGUUUCAAAUGUUGCCAACCAAUAGCUAUGUUUUUACUAACGUUAGUCGAGUGUGAGAUGGGUUUAUGAACGACCGCCAAAUGAACUGUCUUUUAUCACUCAGCUUAUCAGUGAUUUUAUAUAUAUAUAUAUAUAUAUAUAUAACUAAAUUCAUUGGUGGUUACACACCAAUAAAGGUUAGCUCAUCUGAAUAUCUGGCAGCAUAAAGUGUCAAAGCCAUUUUUGGUUAGCAUUGGCAUCUGCGCAGACCCAUUUUAGACACUACUUCGUUUUGAGCAGGGUCCUGCAGAGGACACGGGAAGGACAACGUUUUUUAAUAAGUAGGCCAGUAAAAUGAUUACUAGCUAGCUACAAGUGCAGAAAAAUCUUGAGAAUUUGAAUAGGAAGCUAGCUAAGUAAAUAGCUAGUGUUUCUAAGGAUCAGUCAGUCCCCUUUAUGUUGAAUGAAGCUACUUAGCUACACAUUCAGUACAACCUGAUAUUAGGCCUACAUAAUGUAAUAUUAUCUAACUUAACGUUAUGCCCAUGGCAAAGGUAGCUAAUCAUCAAGUAAAUACUGCAACAGUCUAGGGGUUCUUUGUUGCAAAAAAGUUUACUAACACAUAGGGGCCUAAUGUCAUGGUUGAAAUAAGACUGAAUAUAGGGGCUGCACUGGGUGUUGCAUUAUCUCCUUACCAUGUGAGUUUGGAAGUCUCCCAAUUACUAAAGGUCUCAUUAUGGACAUGAUGUAGGCCUGUGCUUCUUUUACAGUGGCUACCAUAGACUAAGACUAUCAGUUAGUGAUUAAUCUAGCCAAUGUGUGGUGUUUGUAAUAAAACUUGACACUCAAAUAGAUAAGGCUGAUAGGCUACCAUUUACAACCGUCAGUUUACUUACUAUAUCAGAUGUCUGAUUUUACAGUUCGCAUGAGUCCAUCUAGUUAAAUGGCAUCUUAACGCAGUCAUGAAGGUGAUUUCGCUCUGUAUCCACGGUUGCUCGACUAUGUCCAGCUGAUCUAUCCGCUUAAAUAGAAUGUGAGGCACCAGUGAAAGACCCAGUACUACAAAAAUACAUGGUUUUCACUCUUGAGUUGAACUGAACAUGUAUGAUUUCAGGUCUAUGCACCAACGACCCUACUAAAGAGUAGGCCUAAUAUUACAGUGCGCACAUUUUUUCCUCUUACAUCUGUGAAAGAACCCCAAUUCUUUCUUUUCCUCAGAGGGAGACAGUUGUGAGUUUGGCUCCUCAUAUUAUUUCAUUAUGUGUGGCAUCGGUGGGAUCCUGAGCUGUGGUACUACACACACAGCUUUGGUGCCCCUUGACCUCGUCAAGUGCAGGUUGCAGGUCUGUGGGCCCACCAUGGGUUGCAUGGCAUGUAAUGGAUAUUGUGUUGUAGAUUUCACCACAAGUCGAAGUCAUUCAAAAUAACUGACUAUCACCAAGACUAAGAUCACACAAAUAACGGUUUGCAGGAUUAGUUUGAGUUACCACUAAUUUGUUGAAAUAAAUGUAACCCAUUAUCAUUAGGCCUAUUUCAUUUGCAUGUUUGAGCUUGAGAUGCACUGUUGAGGCCCUUUGCUCCACUAGGAGCUAUAAUAAAUAAGUCAAAAGGGGUCAAGUGAGCUGUGAACCAGCUUAAAACAUUAACAGGAGGGAGGGAAGUCUGAGCCUUUCUUAACAGAACUUGAAGGUGCCUUUUAUUAAUACAAUGUCCUUUACCUUUAAUGUAUGACCUCAGACUCUACUUGCCCUUUCUCUCUGUGCCCAAUCAGCAAUUUGAUACUGUACCCACAUUCAUUCAACGGCAGUGACCUUUAGCUUAGCAACAACUGCAGUACAUUUUCAAGCUAGGACAGGACAUCCUCCUUAUUAAAAACCAGCCUGGAGUUAGAUCUAUCAUACUUGCAGAGCAAGUUUUCUAAAUUAAUGUUGGUGACCUGGGCCUGUAUUCAUAAAGCUUCUCCGAGUAGGAGUCCUGAUCUAGGAUCAUGCCCCCCGUCCCCCCUCUAUGUAAUCUUGUAUAUUAUGGUCUAAAAGCCUAAACUGAUCCUAGAUCAGCACUCCUAGUCUGAGGGCAGGCCCUGGUGUGAGUACAGGAAACACUCAGACAUAUUAUUGAUUCAAGCCUUGUUUGUGAUAAUACUCACCAUCACCUUACAAUUAACAUGAAUACAUAUGUUAAUAGCGCUAAGAAGUUUCGGGCAGAGAGAAUUAUCCCCUGUGCCAGCAUACACAUUCAGGAGGACAGCCUAGAGCAGUGGUUUUCAACUGGUUUUGCCUCGGGACCCAAAUUGAACCAUGUUGUCUGUGGUGACCCAAUAUUCACAUCGCAAAAAAGAAUCGCCAAAAUACAAUCUGGAAAACUAUUUUAAAUGCUAUGUUGAUAUUAAAUGUAGCAAUUAUAUGACAAGGGAACAACAUUCCCACCUCUCUCAUUGUCAAUAAUGAAAUGUUGCCCAUAUUCUUGAUGAAGAAAGUUAAUAAAGUCACUGAUUUGAGACCACAACAUCAACCAAACUGGCGCUGCUAAUAGCUCUAUAUAUAAAAAUACUGUGAUUGAAGAAAAAUUGUUCAGAGAUUAAAUUAUUUAAAAAUGUAAGUUAGUUAUAAUUUCUACACAUGUUCUACCUGGUUUAAGUUGUUAAAGUUCAGACUGGAGUAUAUAUUUUUUUACUCAGACACCCGCGACCCAUUCAAAUCCUCAUUUGGGUCGCGACCCAUCAUUUCAGAAUCGCUGGGCUAGAGAACAUACUAGACCAAAUAGUCUGUCACUUGUUUGCGAGCCUUGGCAGAAUUGCUAACAUUGUGGUGUGAGAAAUUCAAAUUCUUAGCAUGGCUCCCUAGCCUUAUCUAACAGCAUGGUGUGUUGUCUGUUUGUGUAUUGUGUUCUGUCUGCUCUAGAUUCUGAUAUUAGCUGCGAGUUUGGCUCUAUGAAAUACUAUGCCUUGUGCGGCUUCGGUGGCAUCCUCAGCUGUGGGAUUACACACACGGCGGUCGUACCCCUCGACCUGGUCAAGUGCCGUCUGCAGGUCUGUAUCUCAGCUAAUGUCUCUCAGUAAGCUGUAAUGAGUGUGCUGGACUGGAAUAAUGUAUACAUUGCAGAGUUGGGGUUAAUUCCAUUUCUAUUCGGGAAGUAAAACUGAAAUUCUGUUGUAGAUUUACCUAAUUGAAAGCAAACGAGACAUUUGAAUUUCUAUUUACUUCCUGAAUUGAAAUGUAAUUUGCCCCAACCCUUAUAAAUUGAUAAUACAUUGAGUGUUAUGGAUGGCCCUGUAGUAUUGAGUGUAUUUCUGUAGUAUUUAGUGCAUUUCCUCUACAAAGACCUCCAAGCACCAUUUCCCCCCUCAAAACCACUACUACUAGUUCACAACCAUUAGCCAUUCUGUUUUUAAUGUGUUCUCUAGGUGGACCCAGACAAGUACAAGAGCAUCUUCAAGGGCUUCUCCAUCACCAUAAAGGAGGACAGCAUGCGGGGGCUGGCUAAGGGCUGGGCUCCUACCUUCAUCGGCUACUCCAUGCAGGGUCUCUGCAAGUUUGGCUUCUAUGAGGUGUUCAAGAUCACCUACAGCGACAUUAUCGGAGAGGUAAGUAGUUACCUACUAAGUAAUUGAUGACGAUGAAAAUAAUGAUUAUUGUUUAUUUCGUUUCAUUUGCACUAUGGUGUAGCCGCAGAAAAAACACCUGUUUCAACUUGUCAAGGGGUUAGAAUCAGGUAUGCUUGUCCGGGGCCACACAAAAAUAUUUACUGUUGGGGGUACUCGCGGACCGGAUUUGUGAAACACUGCUCUACACUAUAUAAUUUUGGGGGGGAUGGUAUUAAGAGAUAAAAUGCAUUUGGAAAGUAUUCAGGCCCCUUCCGCUUUUUCCACAUUUUGUUACGUUUUAUUCUAAAAUUGUACUGAGUAAAGGGUCUGAAUACUUAUGUAAAUGUGAUAUUUCAGUCAUGUUUUUAGCAAAAAUGUCUAAACCUGUUUUUGCUUUGUAGCUCAGUUGGUAGAGCAUGGCGCUUGCAACGCCAGGGUUGUGGGUUCGAUUCCCACGGGGGGCCAGUAUGAAAAAUGUAUGCACUCACUAAAUGUAAGUCGCUCUGGAUAAGAGCGUCUGCUAAAUGACUAAAAUGUCAUUAUGGGGUGUUGUGUGUAGAUUGAGGGGAAAAAACAAUUUAAUCAAUUUUAGAAUAAUGCUGUAACGUAACAAAAUGUGGAAAAAGUAAGGGGGUCUGAAUACUUUCCGAAUGCACUGUAUAGGCUGGAAGUGGAAGCCUAAGUGUUGUUGUCCAUACGUUUACUCCAAUUAGGGGAUGGGUGGAAGGGUUAGGGGAAAAUAAUAAAGGAACAUAUUUUUUUAAAUAUAUUUUUUAUUCUUCAAAAAAGUAUGGGGGAUUGGAAACGAUGCAGACAAUUACAUUGAUGGACACUACAAUCUUUUUAUUUUAUUUGUAUUUAACCAGGUAAGCCAGUUGAGAACAAGUUCUCAUUUACAACUGCGACCUGGCCAAGAUAAAGCAAAGCAGUGCGAUAAAAACAACAACACAGAGUUACAUAUGGGGUAAACAAAACAUAAAGUCAAAAAUACAACAGAAAAUAUAUAUACAGUGUGUGUGAAUGUAGUAAAUUAUGGAGGUAUGGCAAUAAAUAGGCCAUAGUGCAAAAUAGUUACAAUUUCGUUUUAACACUGGAAUAAUGUGCAAAAGAUGAUGUGCAAAUAGAGAUACUGGGGUGCAAAUUAGCAAAAUAAAUAACAAUAUGGGGAUGAGGUAGUUGGAUGGGCUAAUUACAGAUGGGCUGUGUACAGGUGCAGUGAUCGGUAAGCUGCUCUGACAACUGACGCCUAAAGUUAGCAAUCUAUCUGCAAUAUUAAAGCUGAUCUGCCCCGUACAAACAAAAACAAAACAAAUAUGCCCUACACUACCAAUGUGUAGUGCCCACUUGGGUGAUGCCCUGGCACCAGAAAUCCCACCGCACAUCAGUAAUCGUCAGAGUAGUUGUCCUCACCUUAACGGGCCCCUGCUAUCUCCGCAAUCCUCUCGCUGCACUUCUCCUCCGCCUCUCAAGCCGAUGUUUGCAUUCGAUCCAAAAGUUCUCCCACUUAAAAAGAUGAGAGAGGCCUGUAAUUUUCAUCAUAGGUACACGUCAACUAUGACAGACAAAAUCACAUUGUAGGAUUUUUAAUGAAUUUAUUUGCAAAUUAUGGUGGAAAAUAAGUAUUUGGUCACCUACAAACAAGCAAGAUUUCUGGCUCUCACAGACCUGUAACUUCUUCUUUAAGAGGCUCCUCUGUCCUCCACUCGUUACCUGUAUUAAUGGCACCUGUUUGAACUUGUUAUCAGUAUAAAAGACACCUGUCCACAACCUCAAACAGUCACACUCCAAACUCCACUAUGGCCAAGACCAAAGAGCUGUCAAAGGACACCAGAAACAAAAUUGUAGACCUGCACCAGGCUGGGAAGACUGAAUUUGCAAUAGGUAAGCAGCUUGGUUUGAAGAAAUCAACUGUGGGAGCAAUUAUUAGGAAAUGGAAGACAUACAAGACCACUGAUAAUCUCCCUCGAUCUGGGGCUCCACGCAAGAUCUCACCCCGUGGGGUCAAAAUGAUCACAAGAACGGUGAGCAAAAAUCCCAGAACCACACGGGGGGACCUAGUGAAUGACCUGCAGAGAGCUGGGACCAAAGUAACAAAGCCUACCAUCAGUAACACACUACGCCGCCAGGGACUCAAAUCCUGCAGUGCCAGACGUGUCCCCCUGCUUAAGCCAGUACAUGUCCAGGCCCGUCUGAAGUUUGCUAGAGUGCAUUUGGAUGAUCCAGAAGAGGAUUGUGAGAAUGUCAGAUGAAACCAAAAUAAUAACUUUUUGGUAAAAACUCAACUCGUCGUGUUUGGAGGACAAAGAUGCUGAGUUGCAUCCAAAGAACACCAUACCUACUGUGAAGCAUGGGGGUGGAAACAUCAUGCUUUGGGGCUGUUUUUCUGCAAAGGGACCAGGACGACUGAUCCGUGUAAAGGAAAGAAUGAAUGGGGCCAUGUAUUGUGAGAUUUUGAGUGAAAACCUCCUUCCAUCAGCAAGGGCAUUGAAGAUGAAACGUGGCUGGGUCUUUCAGCAUGACAAUGAUCCCAAACACACCGCCCGGGCAACAAAGGAGUGGCUUCGUAAGAAGCAUUUCAAGGUCCUGGAGUGGCCUAGCCAGUCUCCAGAUCUCAACCCCAUAGAAAAUCUUUGGAGGGAGUUGAAAGUCCGUGUUGCCCAGCAACAGCCCCAAAACAUCACUGCUCUAGAGGAGAUCUGCAUGGAGGAAUGGGCCAAAAUACCAGCAACAGUGUGUGAAAACCUUGUGAAGACUUACAGAAAACGUUUGACCUGUGUCAUUGCCAACAAAGGGUAUAUAACAAAGUAUUGAGAAACUUUUGUUAUUGACCAAAUACUUAUUUCCCACCAUAAUUUGCAAAUAAAUUCAUUAAAAAUCCUACAAUGUGAUUUUUUUUUUCUAAUUUGGUCUGUCAUAGUUGACGUGUACCUAUGAUAAAUUACAGGCCCCUCUCAUCUUUUUUAAGUGGGAGAACUUGCACAAUUGGUGGCUGACUAAAUACUAUUUUCCCCCACUGUAAUUAGUACUGUACUAAGGUUGUUCUCAUCAGUGGCACAGAAAGGCUCCAUCGCAAUUCGUUUUUCCGGGAUUCAUCGCAUCCCGUCUCCUUGACACCAACUGUAUCUUUAAUAAUACGCUUUGAAAAGGAGGCGAGGAGAGAGAAUGCAAGGCAAUCCAAAAAGAUUAAUUGAGAAAGAGCCAAAGAAUAAAGUUGUUCCCCUCCUCCCAUUUUGACUACUCAUUAUGAUUUAGGGAUGCACACUUAGUCUUCACCUCCUAACCUCCCGGUCUGCCUACCCCAGGAAAACACCUACCUGUGGAGGACCUCCCUCUACCUGGCUGCGUCUGCUAGUGCUGAGUUCUUUGCUGACAUUGCCCUGGCCCCUAUGGAGGCGUGUAAAGUCCGUAUCCAGACCUGCCCCGGCUACGCCAGCAACCUCAGACAGUGUGCCCCCAAGAUGUUCGCAGAGGAGGGCCUCUGGGCGUGAGUAACCCUAUUGAAUCAGCCGGUCACAUUAUGCUACCUCCUGCUUAGCCAUAACCCUUUGAUGUUUGCGGAUCUGAAGGGUCUGGAUUUGUAUAAUAAUGUACUGAACAUAAAAAUAAACGCAACAAUUUCUAAGAUUUUACUGAGUUACAGUUCAUAUAAGGAAAUCAGUCAAUUUAAAUAAAUAAAUUACACCCUAAUCUAUGAAUUUCACAUGACUGGGCAGGGGCUGAACCAUAGGCCCACCCACUUAGGAGCCAGGCCCACCCACUGGGGAGCCAGGCCCAGCCAAUCAGAAUGGGUUUUUCACCACAAAAGAGCAUUUAUUACAGACAGAAAUCCUCCUCAGUUUCAUCAGCUGUCCCGGGUGGCUGGUCUCAGACGAUCCCGCAGGUGAAGAAUGCAACAAAAUGGGAAAAACUCCAAGGGGGAUGAAUACUUUUGCAAGGCACUGUAUAUGUAAAGACAAUAUUAAAUCAAGAAUAGUGUGAUAGGUGACAAUUUUAGCAUCGCUUUUUUUUUGCGACUUUUUCAAAUCAUAGUCGCACACCUCAUGUAGCCUAGCGCAUAGGCCUAUAUGUUUUGAUAAGGUUUGUAUUACAACUAAAGUGGCCAAAUAACUUCUUAAAAUUAAGCACAUUAAUCCACUUUACAACGGUGUAGAGCCUAACUGGCAUACAUACGCAGCGCUUGAGUUUCAAGUUUGGGGAAGAUCAUUUCCACCAUAAAAAUGCAUAGUCGCAUUUGCAGUGACUUUUGAUAAUGGUGUUUUCCUGCUAGUGGAACAUUCGCGCUUAUAGCCUACUGCCGUGUGCGCAUUGCUGCAUUUAUAAUGUGAAGAAAAAGCCUAAUAGUUUAUCAACAUUUUAAGCUAAACCUCAUCUGUUGCGUCAGGCUCAUUGCUUAAAACAGUUUUUUUAUGCUAGUGGUUGUAUUAAUUUGGGAUCUAUCGCAUCCCACAACUGUCCCAGACUAUGUUUGGAAUAUUUAUUUCUCGCACAGAAUAGGUCAACUUUUGUACUGUGGGGGGAUGGUAGAUUGACAUAGGCUAGUGCUUUUGCUGUUCGUUAGGCCUACUCCUCUUGUUGGCUGACAAAGUACAUGUGGACACUUCUUCCAAUAUCUUCAAUAUGCGCCUCGGAAUUGGAUAAGGACGCGCGCAGUUGCGUCCACGAUGUGUCUGUGUUCACUUGUAGCCUGUGAGAAAGACCCGAUCAUGUGAGGGGUGCUUCGGCACGCAGCAGGGAGAAGGGAUUUAUAAUUAUUAUAUUCAGCCCAAGGGCUUAACGGCCACUGGCCGCAAAAGGCAUGGAUUUUUUUAGGGGGAUUAUGGCUACACAAUGGGAUGUAGCCGGGUAAUUCGAGGCAUUAUCAAGUGCUUGUCAAAUUGUGAAUGAGGGACUGAUGAAGUGUGCAAAUAGCAAAGCGGAGCUCAUGCCUUUCAUGCAACCUUUUUUCAAAUCAUCAUUAGUCGCAUCAUGCAGCCUUAGAAUGUUUUAAAAAUCAAAACAUAUAGCCCAACAUUUGUAUCACAACUAAAGUUACAUAAAUAACUCUAAAUUAAGCAUAUAGCAGGACCUGUUUCUUUGUUAACUGUUCAACACAGAAUAGCCGCGUGUGCACACUCCCUCAAAUCGUUUGGAGAAAAUAUCCUUUCUAUUUUAUUCAGCUAUGUUCAAUUGUAUUCUUCAUACUAUAAAAUAAUGCCACAGAAUACUAAGCACAUCUUGUCUGCUAAAUGAACUAGUGUAGCCCACAGCCAUAUGGCAUAGCCAGAUCACAACCUAACAUAAGGACAACUCAGUGUAUGCUAUUCUGUUCUUCUGAAAUAGACUACAUUCUCUUCAGAUCAUGUUUCUUUAGACCUGUCUAAAAUAAAUAAUGGAUUUAUUGGCUAUAUUACUUGGAUUUAUUAGACUUUUAAAAAUGUAGUUCCAAAGGUCUGCAUCAGUGACUUGUAGGCUAUGUGUGGAAGCCAGGAGAUGCUAAAUGUGUUUAUGUUAAUUAACGGUCAAUUACCAUGAGACUGGCAGUUAUUUGCUUGACAAUCACCGGCUGACAAAAUGUCAUGACCGCCACAUCCCUAGGUGCACCUGUGUAAUGAUCAUGCUGUUUAAUCAGCUUCUUGAUAUGCCACACCUGUCAGGUGGAUGGAUUUAUUUGGCAAAGGAGAAAUGCUCACUAACAGGGAUGUAAACAAAUGUGUGCACAAAAUGAGAGAAAUACGCUUUUUGUGCAUGGGAUCUUUUAUUUCAACUCAUGAAACAUGGGACCAACACUUAACAUGUUGCUUUUAUAUUUUUGUUCAGUAUAGUUCUUCCACCAUAUUGCUGCCACAUUACAGAUCUGCAAACAUCGUAGGGUUGCGGCAAAGGGGGGGGGGAGGGGGAACACAUUGGGACCAGCUGAAUUACUCUGGCCUCGUUUUGUAAUGACUCAAAUAAAUUCAGCCCAGAAUAAACUCAGAUUUUCUCCUCAAUGAGAAGUUUCAAUUCAAAGUAACACACUCCUUAGAUACACCUCUGGGAGGCGCUACUGAGUCCUCUCUCUUGCUGUCUGUAUGUGUGUGCGCUGACUGCAGCCCCAGCCCAGAUGCCCCCAGCUGCUUUCUGGCUGUACAGUUGGGAGGUGCUUGUAAUUGGUCUACUCUCUUGACCAAUCAGAAUGAUGCAAAAUGUCACAUCAGCAGACAGUGCGCAGUUGAUUUCAGGCUGCUAUAAUGGUAAUUUUGUCUAACAGUAGCCUAGGCUAACAGUGAAAGAUAAGUAUGAUGUUCGCCAUCAUAGAACUAAUUCUGUAAAAAAAAAUGUUUUCUGUUGAAUGUUUUGCAUUGUUCUAUGUCAGGUUUUGUUGGUGUGUUAAUGUAGGCUAAUCGCUAUUUGAAGUGGGGAAAAUAGCAUACCAUUGUCAGGGCUGACCAGAGGGCUAAAUGCGCUAUGAUGGUAAAUUACUUUUCAUGUAAAACAUAGCCCAUGAGAGAGAAAAUGAGCUUAGGAAAAAAAAAAAACUUUGUGCGUCCUCGGAACUGUAGGCUACAUUUAGAACGCAACUGUAAACAACGAACUGUCAAAGCCACAUGAUGUCUGAAGCAUCAGUAGCUCAAUGUGCCAUACACAAACACUACUUUCCAAAGUUUGUCAUGUUAUUAAACUAAGCAUUUCAAAUGUCAUGGUAUAUCCUUGUGUGUAAUAAAGUAACAUGGCAAAUUAAAUUUAGACAAAGCUUUUUUUAUUGUUAAAAUGGGCCCCAAAAAAAUCAUCAAAAAAUGAAUACCUUCUAGGGAUGGGCAUUUAAAAUGAUUUCAGUCUUCGGUUAUCCGGAUAGUCGAAAUACAUGUGCUCUGCUUGGAAGGGUGAGAGAGGAGCAGGGGCCGCUGUGUGUGUCUGUGGCACGGAGGGAGAGCGAGAAAGUAGCCAAUCUAUCAUACCAUCUGGUAGUGCCCGUCAUGACUGCAUCAAAUCAUUGUAAAGAAGCUAUUUAGAGUAGCCAGCUAAUUUAGCCAGCUAGCUAGCUAAAGUAGCAAGGCUAAUUGAGUCUAUUUUGAGGCGUCCUUGUCUACAACAACUCCAUUCAUAUGAAACAACAGCCUACCUGUUGGUUAAUCAUUGUAGCCUACUCCUUCUCAUUUAGCCAACUUAACUUUAAUUCCAUUUUGCGUUGAUUAGAAAUCUCCCACUUCACUUGCUACACAUGGAGCCUCUGACUGUAGCGGCGCUUUGAUUGACCGACAAUAACAACAAGCUACACGUUUGAAAUGUAUGUAAACUUCUGGUGCGUCCUUUUUAUGGGGCGCACUCAAACAUUUUUCAUAAGUUUUAAAAUGUCUAAUGUAAUGGUCUAUCCUUGUAGCAAUGUCUCCCAGGGAAUCGAAUACUAAUGUCCUUCCGGAUAUUCGGUUAACCGUGCCCAUCCUUAAUAUAGUUCAGAAUUAGGCUUAAUCCUGGUGUGGGAAAUGUCAAUAAAAUCAAGAAGUCACUCAUUUGCUCCACCUCUGCCUCUGUCCCCUCUCUAGUUUCUACAAGGGUGUGGUCCCUCUGUGGAUGAGGCAGAUCCCCUACACCAUGAUGAAGUUUGCCUGCUUUGAGAGGACCGUAGAGCUGCUGUACAAACAUGUGGUGCCCAAGCCCCGUGCUGAAUGCUCCAAGUCUGAACAGCUGGUCGUCACCUUCGUGGCUGGAUAUAUCGGUGAGUCCACAGUGCUGGAGAGAAGUUUAUUGCAAUUGGUAGAUGAAUAGGUAUGUUAAAAACAUAUUUACAACCACAUAGGUCAGGGAUGGGCAACUUUGAUGGGUGGGGGCCACAAAAUGAGGAGCCACAGUGGCUCGUGUCUGCUUACCCACAUCCAUACCCACACAUGCAGUCAGAGCCUGUCCUAGCCUUUUGGGGACCCUAAGCAACAUUUGGUUGGGAGGGGCCAACAAAAACACGAACCAAGUCACGAACUCUGAUACCUCCUGCGCCUCGACCUGUUUCGUCCUGUUGUUUCCUAAGUUUUAUUUUGUUCAUAAGUGUUUGUGUCUACCUGCUACCAACUAGCCAGCUAGCUGGGUUGCAAUGGAGCCCGCUUCGCCUGGAAUAGCUAACGAAUGUUUCCAGUGCUGCUGUUUAUUACGCUCUUGUCCUGGACAAUAUUAACAAUCCAGAGUUCCAAUGCGGCAAUUGUUUGCUUGCGGAGGAUUACAGGAAUGAGGUGGCUUUCCUUAGCAAGCAAAUUUCAAUUCUGCACGAAUUUGUGGGGAAAACGCAAAUUGGAACUUUCUCGUUCUCAACUUCUGUGGCAGGACGCCGCUCCGGGCCUGAUGGAUGUAUCCCCACCUUGUCAUCUGUCCCUAUCCGAAAGGCCUGUGUUACCUGGAACUUGCCUGCCAAGGAAGUCGUCUCCAUCUACUUCUCCUCCUCCAUCUUGUAGUGGAGUAGACGUCGAACAGCAAGAGGAUUGUUUCAAUCAGUGCUGGAUCUAUGUCACAAGUCGUGGAAACCGAAGACAGCGGCAUGCUUCUAAGAGGACUGGACUGUCUGUGAUAAGGAAAACGUUGCCGUACUGGUGCCUGAACUACCUGCGCCUUCAUCGCUGGGACUGCCUGUGUCUGCGAUGGCUGUGCUGACUCCAACUACGCUGACUCCAGCAGCGGCUUCGUCGUCGAGUUUGGCUCCUUUCCCUCUUUUGUUGGAUCUUACGGGGCACUGCCUACUGUGGGCGGUCUGGACCUAUCGCCGGGAGCAGCGGGCUUACGCUAUCCUGCUUCUCGUGGGCCCGUGAAAGGUUCAACUAAUUGUGUGAGGGGUAGGAAUGGGCGGAUUUCUCCAUCCCCUUCUCCGGCCGUUGUAUUGGGCAGUUCAAUGGUGAGAAAUAUCUCAGUCCUGGAGCAUAAACGCUCUGCUAUCCAGGAGCACAAGUACAGGACAUCAAUAAGCUGCUCCCAAACAUUUUAAACCUGCAUCAGGAAAUUGAGUCUAUCAUAGUUCAUGUGGGAUUCAAUGACAUUAUGAAGGGCAGCUCAGAACAGCUGAAGAUGGAUUUUAAAGAACUGAUUGGGUCUCUGCUUGACACCAACAAACACCCCAUAAUAUCUGGCCCUGUGCCCCACCUAAAUCGUGGCAUUGAACAUUUCUGACUUUUAGCCCUCCAUAACUGGCUGUGAGACUAUUGCAGCUCUGUGGGUGUAACAUUUAUUGACAAUUUUGAUACUUUCUGGAAACAAAGCUCGUUUUUAUAAGGAGGAUGGGAUUCACCCAAAUCAUUUGGGUUCCUGGAUCCUUUCACAGCCUUAUAAGGCUGCGAUGAGACAAUGACUUAUCAAUGGCCCAGCUCAGUUAAUCCCUACUAUUGUGUCGCUGAGUUGUCAUUAUGCUUCAGCAAAUGUACAUUAUCCCAGGGGCGUUGGAAGACACAAUGUAAGUAACCUAAUUUAUGUCCCUCUAACUGCCCUGAAUGCCUCUGCUGAUCCUACAGCUAUUGUAUGCAGUAAUCAUGUGCCUAUGAACCAGAGUUAUACUGUUAGCACUAAGGUGGUGUGCCCUAGUAGGAAGUCCACUGUGUGCAGCUCACCCUGCACUAACAUAAAUAACUUGAGUAUGUCUACUUCUGCUAAGCUUCCCAGUAAAGCAAUGAAAACGAUCAAGCAUCCCAGGAAAGUGUAGAAAUAGCCCACGUUAACAUAUGUAGCUUAAGAAAUAAGGUUCAUGAAAUCAAUAAUUUGCUAGUAACAGAUAACAUUCCUAUUCUGACAAUCUCUGAAACUCCGAUAAUACCUUUUGACGCAGUGGUAGCAAUACAUGAUUAUAACAUUUACAGAAAAGGUGAAUGCCAAAGGUGGAGGUGUUGCCAUUUUAUAUUAAGAACCACAUUCCUGUAAAGCUUAGAGGAUCUCAUGUUAAAUACUGUUGGAGUAAUAUGUCUACAGGUUCAUCUGCCUCACCUAAAGCUCAUUCCGGUGGGAAGCUGCUAUAGACCAACAAGUGCUAACAGUCAGUAUCUGGAUAAUGUGUGAAAUGCUUGAUAAUGUAUGUGAUAUCAAAAGGUAUAUUUUCUGGGUGAUUUUCAAUAUUAACUGGCUUUCAUCAAGCUGCCCACUCAAGAAAAAGCUUCCAACUGUAGCUAGUGCCUGCAACCUGGUUCAGGUUAUCAAUCAACCUACCAGGGUAGUUAAAAAACGGCACAGGAAUGAAAUCAUCAUGUAUUGAUCACAUCUUUACUAAUGCUGCAGAAAUUUGCUUUGAAGCAGUGUCCAAAUCUAUCGGAUGUAGUGAUCACAAUAUAGUAGCCUUAUCUAGGAAAACCAAAGUUCCAAUGGCUGGGCCUAAUAUAGUGUAUGAGGUUAUACAAUAAAUGUUGUAGUGAUUCCUAUGUUAUUGAUGUAAAGAAUAUUUGUUGAUGUGUAAUGAGGAGCAACCAGACGCUGCAUUUGACACAGUUUAUGAAAUUGCAAUUCCUGUUGCUAAUAAGCAUGCACCCAUUUUAAGAAAAUUACAGUGGAAACUGUUAAAUCCCCGUGGAUUGAUGAGGAAUUGAAAAAUGUUAUGGUUGAGAGGGAUGAGGUAAAAGGAAUGGCAAAUAAGUCUGGCUGCACAACCGAUUGGCAAAUGUAUAGCAAAUUGAGAAAUCGUGUGACUAAACUGAAUAAAAACAAGAAACUAUACUAUGAAACAAAGAUAAAUGACCAACCCAUAGUAAACUUUUGGGAAAAAUUGUGUUUGACCAGAUACAAUGCUAUUUUACUAUAAACAAAUUAACAGACUUUCAUCACACUUAUUGGGAAGGACGUUUAACAAGCACGGCACUUACACAAAUGACUGUUUGGCUGAGAGAAAUUGAUGAUAAAAAGAUUGUGGGAGCUGAUUUGUUAUACUUCAAUGCGGCUUUUGACAUUAUCGAUCAUAGUAUGCUGAUGGAAAACGUAUGUGUUAUGGCUUUACACCCCCUUCUAUAUUGUGGAUAAAGAGUUAACUAUCUAACAGAACAGAGGGUGUUCUUUAAUGGAAGCCUCGUCAACAUAAUCCAGGUAGAAUCAGGAAUUGCCUUUGAGUAAAGCCAGUGUGUCUAUGUAUGCGGAUGACUAUACAUGUCAGCUACUACAUCGAGUUAAAUCACUGCAACACAAAGAGCUGCAGUUAGUUUCAGAAUGGGUGGCAAGGAAUAAGUUAGUCCAAAAUAUUUCAAAAACUAAAAGCAUUGUAUUUGGGACAAAUCAUUCACUAAACCCUAAACCUCAACUGAAUCUUGUAAUAAAUUGUAUGGAAAUUGAGCAAGUUGAGGUGCCACAAAGAGGGACCUCGGAAAAUUACUGUUGUCUCUGAAUAGGGCAGCAUGGCUGGCCCUUCAAUGGAGAGCGAACAUUGAAGUCGGAAGUUUACAUACACCUUAGCCAAAUACAUUUAAACUCAGUUUUUCACAAUUCCUGACAUUUAAUCCUAGUAAAAAUUCCCUGUCUUAGGUCAGUUAGGAUCACCACUUUAUUUUAAGAAUGUGAAAUGUCAGAAUAAUAGUAGAGGAGUGAUUUAUUUCAGCUUUUAUUUCUUUCAUCACAUUCCCAGUGGGUCAGAAGUUUACAUACACUCAAUUAGUAUUUGGUAGCAUUGCCUUUAAAUUAUUUAACUUGGGUCAAACGUUUCGGGUAGCCUUCCACAAGCUUCCCACAAUAAGUUGGGUGAAUUUUGGCCCAUUCCUCUUGACAGAGCUGGUGUAACUGAGUCAGGUUUGUAGGCCUCUUUGCUCGCACACGCUUUUUUCAGUUCUCCCCACACAUUUUCUAUAGGAUUGAGGUCAGGGCUUUGUGAUGGCCACUCCAAUACCUUGACUUUGUUGUCCUUAAGCCAUUUUGCCACAACUUUGGAAGUAUGCUUGGGGUCAUUGUCCAUUUGGAAGACCCAUUUGCGACCAAGCUUUAACUUCCUGACUGAUGUCUUGAGAUGUUGCUUCAAUAUAUCCACAUAAUGUUCCUUCCUCAUGAUGCCAUCUAUUUUGUGAAGUGCAUCAGUCCCUGCUGCAGCAAAGCACCCCCACAGCAUGAUGCUGCCACCCCCGGUGCUUCACGGUUGGGAUGGUGUUCUUCGGCUUGCAAGCAUCCCCCUUUUUCCUCCAAACAUAACAAUGGUCAUUAUGGCCAAACAGUCCUAUUUUUGUUUCAUCAGACCAGAGGACAUUUCUCCAAAAAGUACGAUCUUUGUCACCAUGUGCAGUUGCAGACUAUAAUCUGGCUUUUUUAUGGCGGUUUUGGAGCAGCUGCUUCUUCCUUGCUGAGCGGCCUUUCAGGUUAUGUCGAUAUAGGACUCGUUUUACUGUGGAUAUAGAUACUUUUUGUACCUGUUUCCUCCAGCAUCUUCACAAGGUCCUUUGCUGUUGUUCUGGGAUUGAUUUGCACUUUUCGCACCAAGUACGUUCAUCUCUAGGAGACAGAACGCGUCUCCUUCCUGAGCGGUAUGACGGCUGCGUGGUCCCAUGGUGUUUAUACUUGCGUACUAUUGUUUGUACAGAUGAACGUGGUACCUUCAGGCAUUUGGAAAUUGCUCCCAAGGAUGAACCAGACCUGUCGAGGUCUAUAAUUAUUUUUCUGAGGUCUUGGCUGAUUUCUUUUGAUUUUCCCAUGUCAAGCAAAGAGGCACUGAGUUUGAAGGUAGGCCUUGAAAUACAUCCACAGGUACACCUCCAAAUGACUCAAAUGAUGUCAAUUAGCCUAUCAGAAGCUUCUAAAGCCAUGACAUCAUUUUCUGGAAUCUUCCAAGCUGUUUAAAAGCACAGUCAACUUAGUGUAUGUAAACUUCUGAUCCACUGGAAUUGUGAUGAAGUGAAAUAAUCUGUCUGUAAACAAUUGUUGGAAAAAUUACUUGUCAGUCACAAAGUAGAUGUCCUAACCGACUUGCCAAAACUAUAGUUUGUUAACAAGAAAUUUGUGGAGUGGUUGAAAAACUAGUUUUAAUGACUCCAACCCAAGUGUAUGUAAACUUCCGACUUCAACUGUAUAUCUCUCAUGGCUCAAAGUGGAGGAGAGAUUGACUUCAUCACUACUUGUUUUUGUAAGAAGUGUUGAAUGCACCGAGGUAUCUGUUUUUAAACUGCUAGCACACAGCUCGUACACCCAUGCAUACCCCACAAGACAUGCCACCAAACGUCUCUUCACAAUCCCCAAGUCAAUAACAGACUAUGGGAGGCGCACAGUACUACAUAGAGCCAUGGCUACAUGGAACUAUAUUCCACAUCAUGUAACUUAUGCAAGCAGUAGAAUCAGAUUUUGAAAAAACUGAUAAAAAUACACCUUAUGGAACAGCGGGGGACUGUGAAGAGACACCCACAUAAGACAUGCAGUCUACACACGUAUACAUGAUGUUGUAUUGUAAAUAUGUGAUAGUGUAGUAGUGGCCUGAGGGCACACACUAAAUGAAUUGGGUAAAGUGUUAUGAAAUGUAAUGUCAUGUAAUAUUUUUAAAUGUAUAUAACUGCCUUAAUGUUGCUGGACCCCAGGAAGCGUAGCUGCUGCCUUGCGGAUCCUUAAUAAAUACAAAUACCUUGCGUGCAAAACGUUUUAGCGGCCCCCCUCUUGAGUGGAAAUAAAAUGUUUUUGUUUUACGUUUUUGCAAUUCUACACAUUUUCGCCAUGGGGCAGAGAGACAUUGCAGUUUUACAGCUACAGUGCAUUCAAAGUAUUCCGACCCCUUGACUUUUUCCACAUUUUUUUACGUUACAGCCUUAUUCUGAAAUUGAUUAAAUCGUUUUUUCCUCAAUUUACACACAAUACCCCAUAAUAACAAAGGGAAAUGUUUGCAAAUGUAUUAAAAAUACAAAACAGAAACCUUAUUUACAUAAGUAUUCAGACCCUUUACUCAGUACUUUAUUGAAGCACCUUCUGGCAGCGAUUACAGCCUUGACUUUUCUUGGGUAUGAUGCAACAAGCUCGGCACACCUGUAUUUGGGGAGUUUCUCCCAUUCUUCUCUGCAGAUGCUUUUUUCAGGUCUCCAGAGAUGUUCGGUCGGGUUCAAGUCCGGGCUCUGGCUGGGCCACAAAGCCACUCCUGCGUUGUCUUGGCUGUGUACUUGGGGUCGUUGUUCUGUUGGAAGGUGAACGUUCGCCCCAGUCUGAGGUCCUGAGCGGUCUGGAGCAGGUUCUCAUCAAGGAUCUCUCUGUACUUUGCUCCGUUCAUCUUUCCCUCGAUCCUGACUAGUCUCUCAGUCCCUGCCGCUGAAUAACAUCCCCACAGCAUGAUGCUGCCACUAUGCUUCACCGUAGGGAUGGUGCCAGAUUUCCUCCAGACAUGACGCUUGGCAUGUAGGCCAAAGAGUUCAAUUUUGGUUUCUUCAGACCAGAGAAUCUUGUUUCUCAUGGUCUGAGAGUCCUUUUGGGUGCCUUUUGGAAAACUCCAAGCGGGCUGUCGUGCCAUUUACUGAGGAGUGGAUUCCGUCUGGCCACUCUACCAUAAAGGUCUGAUUGGUGGAGUGCUGCAGAGAUGGUUGUCCUUCUGGAAGGUUCUCCCAUCUCCACAGAGGAACUCUGGAGCUCUAUCAGAUUGACUAUCGGGUUCUUGGUCACCUCCCUGACCAAAGCCCUUCUCCCCCGAUUGCUGAGUUUGGCCGGGCGACCAGCUCUAGGAAGAGUCUUGGUGGUUCCGACAUGCACUGUCAACUGUGGGACCUUUAUAUAGACAGGUGUUUGCCUUUCCAAAUCAUGUCCAAUCAAUUGAAUUUACCACAGGUGGACUUGUAGAAACAUCUCAAGGAUGAUCAAUGGAAACAGGAUGCACCUGAGCUCAAUUUCGAGACUCAUAGCAAAGGGUCUGAAUACUUACAUAAAUAAGGUAUUUCUGUUUUUGUAUUUUCAAUACAUUUGCAAAUAAAAUAAAAAACGUUUCACUUUGUCAUUAUGGGGUGUGUGUAGAUUGAUGAAAAAUGUUUUAUUUAAUCAAUUUUAGAAUAAGGCUGUAACGUAACAAAAUAUGGAAGAAGUCAAGGGGUCUGAAUACUUUCCGAAUGCACUGUAGGUGGACAAACUGCAUUUAAAAUCAUUGAGGAUAUGGUAAUAAAAAGACAACAGGCCACAUUAAAUCAGUUAGCAGGCCAUAUUUGGCUGUAUGUUUGAGACCCCUGCCCUAGUCAAAAUCAAGAUUUUCUAUGUUGUCUUGAUCACAUCCCUGGUGGUUGUGUUCUCUCCCCUUCAGCUGGUGUGUUCUGUGCCAUUGUGUCUCACCCUGCUGACUCUGUGGUGUCUGUACUGAACAAGGAGAGUGGCAGCAGCGCCUUCGGAGUACUCAAGAAGCUCGGACCCAAGGGUGAGUACUGUAUUCUUCCCAGAAGUUCUACAGACAGAGGGCUAUCCUAUUGCCCAUUCUAGACUGUUUAGAACAGCAAUUCUCAACUUGUGGGUUGCGACCCAAAUUGAGGUUUUGAAUGGGUGUCUGAUUUAAAUAAAAUGAAAAAAUACUCAUCUGAACUUAAACAACUAAAGCCAGGUAGAAUGUUUUUCGAAAUGAUAAUGAACUUUUUGAAUAAUUUAAUCCCAGAAUGUUUUAUAUGGCGCUAUUAGCGCAGUUUAGCAGAUUUUGUGGUCUCAAACCAGUAAGUUUAUUAACAUUCUUAUUCAAGAAUAUGGGCAAAAUUGAAUUAUUGACAAUGAAAAAGGUGGAAAUGUUGUUCCCUUGUCAUAUAAUUGCCACAUUUACUAUCAAUAUAGCAUUCAAAAUUGUUUUCCAGAUUGUAUUAUGGCCAUCUUUUUUCGCAAUGCAAAUAUUGGGUUGCGACAGACAACCUGGUUAAAUUUGGGUCCCGAGGCAAAACCAGUUGAGAAUCACUGGUUUAGAAUGUACAGUGAGGGAAAAAAGUAUUUGAUCCCCUGCUGAUUUUGUACGUUUGCCCACUGACAAAGAAAUUAUCAGUCUAUAAUUUUAAUGGUAGGUUUAUUUGAACAGUGAGAGACAGAAUAACAACAACAAAAAUCCAGACAAACGCAUGUCAAAAAUGUUAUAAAUUGAUUUGCAUUUUAAUGAGGGAAAUAAGUAUUUGACCCCUUCUCAAACAGAAAGAUUUCUGGCUCCGAGGUGUCUUUUUAUACAGGUAACAAGCUGAGAUUAGGAGCACACUCUUAAAGGGAGUGCUCCUAAUCUCAGCUUGUUACCUGUAUAAAAGACACCUGUCCACAGAAGCAAUCAAUCAGACUCCAAACUCUCCACCAUGGCCAAGACCAAAGAGCUCUCCAGGGAUGUCAGGGACAAGAUUGUAGACGUACACAAGGCUGGAAUGGGCUACAAGACCAUCGCCAAGCAGCUUGGUGAGAAGGUGACAACAGUUGGUGCGAUUAUUCGCAAAUGGAAGAAACACAAAAGAUCUCUGUAGCUCAAUUGGUAGAGCAUGGCGCUUGUAACGCCAGGGUAGUGGGUUCGAUCCCCGGGACCACCCAUACGUAAAAAUGUAUGCACACAUGACUGUAAGUCGCUUUUGAUAAAAGUGUCUGCUAAAUGACUUAUUAUUAUUAUUAUAAUCUCCCUUGGCCUGGGGCUCCAUGCAAGAUCUCACCUCGUGGAAUUGCAAUGAUCAUGAGAACGGUGAGGAAUCAGCCCAGAACUACACGGGAGGAUCUUGUCAAUGAUCUCAAGGCAGCUGGGACCAUAGUCACCAAGAAAACAAUUGGUAACACACUACGCCGUGAAGGACUGAAAUCCUGCAGCGCCCGCAAGGCCCCCCUGCUCAAGAAAGCACAUACAGGCCCGUCUGAAGUGUGCCAAUGAACAUCUGAAUGAUUCAGAGGAGAACUGGGUGAAAGUGUUGUGGUCAGAUGAGACCAAAAUCGAGCUCUUUGGCAUCAACUCAACUCGCCGUGUUUGGAGGAGGAGGAAUGCUGCCUAUGACCCCAAGAACACCAUCCCCACUGUCAAACAUGGAGGUGGAAACAUUAUGCUUUGGGGGUGUUUUUCUGCUAAGGGGACAGGACAACUUCACCGCAUCAAAGGGACGAUGGACGGGGCCAUGUACCGUCAAAUCUUGGGUGAGAACCUCCUUCCCUCAGCCAGGGCAUUGACAAUGGGUCGUGGAUGGGUAUACCAGCAUGACAAUGACCCAAAACACACGGCCAAGGCAACAAAGGAGUGGCUCAAGAAGAAGCACAUUAAGGUCCUGGAGUGGCCUAGCCAGUCUCCAGACCAUAAUCCCAUAGAAAAUCUGUGGAGGGAGCUGAAGGUCGAGUUGCCAAACGUCAGGCUCGAAACCUUAAUGACUUGGAAAAGAUCUGCAAAGAGGAGUGGGACAAAAUCCCUCCCGAGAUAUGUGCAAACCUGGUGGCCAACUACAAGAAACGUCUGACCUCUGUGAUUGCCAACAAGGGUUUUGCCACCAAGUACUAAGUCAUGUUUUGCAGAGGGGUCAAAUACUUAUUUCCCUCAUUAAAAUGCAAAUCAAUUUAUAACAUUUUUGACAUGCGUUUUUCUGGAUUUUGUUGUUGUUAUUCUGUCUCUCACUGUUCAAAUAAACCUACCAUUAAAAUUAUAGACUGAUCAUGUCUUUGUCAGUGGGCAAACGUACAAAAUCAGCGGGGGAUCAAAUACUUUUUUCCCUCACUGUACAUUGAUGGAGUUAACUUUUCAUUAGUCAACCUUCAUUGUCCUGCAAGUCAAGGUGUAUAGUAAAUAGACUGAGGUUUCCAACACACUCCUUAGGUCUCUCUCUGAGUGCUGAUUGCAGCUCCAGCCCAAAUGCCCCUAGCAGCUGGAGGUGCUUGAGUCAUUGGCGUGUGCGAACAAUCUACCUGCUCCCCAGCCCAUUUCCUGCACUGGCAGCCUCACUGGAACACUACCAGUGCAGACAGGCUGGGGAGCGGACAUGCAAUACCUAUUACCUCCUGUCUCAGAGUAACCACCCCAUUAGUUGUUGACCUUUCUGAUGUUUUUAAAUGGUGUAAUGGGAUAUUAAAAUAUCAAUUUGAUCUGAGUUUAAACUGUUUUCUUUCUGUCUUUAUUUCUCUCUUGCUCUUUCUUCCUUACUUCUCAGGUGUGUGGAAGGGUCUGGUGGCCCGUAUCAUUAUGAUCAGUACCUUGACCGCCCUGCAGUGGUUCAUCUACGACUCUGUGAAGGUCUACUUCCGCCUGCCCCGUCCACCUCCCCCAGAGAUGCCCGAGUCCCUCAAGAAGAAGCUGGGCCUCACCGAGUAA